UUGUAUAACUUUCUCUGUGUAACUGGAGAUGACAGAAACUACACCUCCCAAGUAACAUUGCGAUUAAUUGCUUCUCUAGUUUCACUGGAGUAUAGCUAGUUCACUACUUAAAAAUCCCGUUUCAUGAUUGACUUUAUUUCAACAAAUACUUAUCCGUUCUCAUGGCGGAAUCUGCAGCCUGUCAUGCAUUCCAGCUUGGAAGACCUCGAUAUGAUCAGAGUUCAUUUUUUGGCCGGCUGAAACACUUUGUAGAGAUCAUUGACCCCAGCACACUCUUUGUGUCUGAGAGACGAUUGACAGAAUGCAUUAAGCUCCUGGAUGAAUUUAAACAUGGAACACUACCACCUGGAGUUUCUGAUCUACAGCUAUGGGAAGCCCAAAAGGUCAAGCAGGCCAUCAUUCAUCCUGACACAGGAGAGAAGAUUUUCAUGCCUUUUCGAAUGUCAGGUUAUGUCCCAUUUGGAACACCAAUUGUUGUGGGCCUUCUUCUUCCAAAUCAGACUGUGGUAUCCACCAUUUUCUGGCAGUGGCUUAACCAGAGUCACAAUUCCUGUGUCAACUACUCAAACCGCAAUGCUACUAAGCCUACACCGUCAUCCACGUUUCUUCAAGGUUACUUCGGAGCUGUGACCAGUGCUGUCUCCCUUGCGGUAGGACUGAAUGUACUGAUUCAGAAAGCCAACAGGUUGAGUCCAGCAACCCGAAUGAUAAUACAGAGACUCAUCCCUUUCCCAGCUGUGGCCAGUGCCAACAUUUGCAACGUGGGCCUCAUGAGGCACAAUGAGCUGUCGGAGGGCAUCGACGUGCUGGACGAAAAUGGGAACAUAUUGGGCUCCUCAAAGAUUGCUGCCAAACAUGCAAUUAUGGAGACAGCCUUUACCAGAGUGGUCCUCCCGAUGCCAAUCUUUGUCCUUCCUCCCAUCAUUAUGUCCUACCUAGAAAAACUUCCAUUGCUGCAGACGAAUCGGAGGCUGUUGCUGCCCAUCCACAGCCUGGUGUGUCUGGCUACCUUCAGCCUCUCCCUGCCCCUGGCCAUCAGCCUAUUCCCACAGAUGUCUCAGAUAGAGGUGUCUCAGCUUGAGCCGGAGAUUGCAAUGGCAACCGAUUGCAAGGUGGUGACCUACAAUAAGGGACUGUGAUGACUGGCCCUCGAGGAGAGAGAGAGGACAGGGCACUGAACAGCGGUGCAAAUUAGCCUCCUUUUUGACUGGCUGUAACGGACACUCCAGGUCUCUCUCUGGUGUAGGGUGAAGUUGCCCCUAGACGCUGAUCUUGGCUCAGUUUUGUAAUUUCCCACUAAUGGAUUGGGGAGGGGAAGCUUAUCCCAGAUCUGAACCUAGGGGAAACUUCACCCUGGAUCUCUGUCUCCCAUAGCCUAACAUGGUAACAGCUCCAGGCACUUUUUGCUGCAUUAAAAUAGUGUAGCAUAAAUAAUGUACUGUCUUAAUCAAUGGUGUUAAUACAACACAUUCCAUGGAAUGUGAAAAUUAUGCAAAUCAGUAAGGUUGAGGGAGGUUAACGGAACAAUAUCGUAGUAAUAUGUUAUGAUGGAACUUUAUAAUGUUAUGCCCAUACCAGCUAUUUCGCAAUUGGCCGUGCUGAUCAACCCAAUUGUUAAAAAUUUUAUGAGAUGUUUUUAUUGUUGACCCAAAGUUUUUUUAAUUUUUUUUAAGUAAAAGAUCAAAUCUAAAAUAGUUUUACAAUCACAUCAAUCAGUGUUGAGUGAUAGAUCCUGAUAGACUGUUACAUACCCCUUGAGUUAUUCCACAUUGUCUUGUUACAGCCUGAAUUCGAAAUGGAUUAGAUAGAUUUGUUUUCUCUCACUCAUCUACACACAAUACCCCAUAAUGACAAAGUGAAAACAUGUUUUUAGAAAUGUUUGCAACUUUAUUGGAAAUUAAAUACAGAAAUAUCUCAUUUACAUAAGUAUUCACACCCCUGAGUCAAUACAUGUUAGAAUCACCAUAGAUUUUCAAGCCUAAUUAAGUCAAAACUGGAAGUAGGCCACUCAGGAACAUUCAAUGUUGUCUUGGUAAGCAACUCCAGCAUAUAUUUGGCCUUGUGUUUUAGGUUAUUGACCUGCUAAAAGGUUGUUGAUCCAUCCUCCGUUUUCUCCUAUCACAGCCAUUAAACUCUGUAACUGUUUUCAAGACACCAUUGGCCGGCCUCAUGGUGUAAUCCCUGAGCGAGCACCUUCCUCUCCGGCAACUGAGUUAGGAAGGACACCUGUAUCUUUGUAGUGACUGGGUGUAUUGAUACACCAUCCAACGUGUAAUUAUUAAGUUCGCCAUGCUCAAAGGAAUAUUCAAUGUUUGCUUUGUUUCUUCUUUUUUUUUACCCAUCUACCAAUAGGUGCCCUUAUUUUGAGGCAUUGGAAAACCUCCCUGGUGUUUGAAUCUGUAUUUGAAAUUCACUGCUCGGCUGAGGGACCUUACAAUUAUCUGUAUUUGUGGGGUACAGAGAGGAGGUAGUCAUUCAAAAAUCAUGUUAAACACUAUUCUUGCAUACAGAGUGAAUCAAUGCAACUUUAUUAUGUAACUUGUUUAGCAAAUAUUUUCUCCUAAACUUAUUUAGGCUUGCCAUAACAAAGGGGUUGAAUACUUAUUGACUCAAGACAUUUCAGCUUUUCAUUUUUUAUGAAUUUGUAAAGAAUUCUAAAAACAUUCCACAUUGAUGUUAUGGGGUAUUGUGUGUAGGCCAGUGACACAAAAUGUGGAAUAAGUCAAGGGGUGUGAAUACUUUAUGAAGUCACUGUAUAUCAAAAGAUGGCCAUCCUGUAAUCAUCUCCAUUCUACUGUUCUAUUUAAUUCUGUGUUCAUGGCAAAAUAUAUUGUCUGUAAACAGACAAUAUAUCAAUUUAAUCCAUUUUAAAUUCAGGCUGUAACAUAACAAAAUGUGGAAAUAGUCUAGGGGUGUGAAUACUUUAUGAAAGCACUGUAUAAUGUGAAAGAGCAGGCUAGGCUACUCUGUAGGCUACUUGAGUCUGAUGUAAAGAUUACAAAGAGGGCCCUGUCCAGAAACAGCCCCUAGCCUCUACACCCUGUACCACAGGCUAUGGUUGAAUCCUGGUUCUCCACCCUCCUUCCUAGGUGUGCACCAUCAUGGAUUUAAAAUAAUUGGAUUGGUGUAAGCGUUGGCUGGAAUAAGAUUCCACCACUAUGAUGGGGAAUGUGCAAGUGCACACUUGGGGAGAAGGGUGGAGAAUCGGGAUGCAGCCUAGGUCUGUUUCUUGACUAGGGCCAUUCUAGGACUUUCUAGAGGAAGUUGGUUUGUGGACCAUGGUUGCUUAAUAUAAAGUUUUCUAUUCUACGUUUUAGAUUUUUGUACAUUCCUUUCCCGAUGAUAAUUGUAUGAGAAAGGGUACAAUACAGUAUUGACUGAUUGAAGAAGUUAUAACUGGUGCACAGUUAUAUUGCACAGUAAAAUGUUUUUGUGUGUGUAUAUAACAUUAUUACCAGAAUAUAUUGUACUAACCAA